CUUUGCCGUCGAUGCCACUUGGAAACCCCACUUGACUGUAUGCUUUCGCAUGAGGAGUUUCCGGCACACACACUUGGUAGCGCUGGGUCAGGGUUUUAGCUCGUCGUGAGGACUAGGGUUUGUGAAAACUUAGCGGGUGCGUCAAUUCGAAGAUGCGAAGCCCCGACGAUUGCGAGUCCUGGGAGAAAGGGGGAAGCUACUGGUCCUGUUCCAUCUCGUUGCGCCUGUUUCGUCGUCUGGAGGGGCGGGGGUGAAGUGUGUCAGUGACUGUGUUAGGUGGAAGGUCUAGAGUGGUCGUCUGUGUGCAGACGGUGAGAGUGGAGGAGGAGUAAAUGUCUGCGAGAGUGCAAGUGUGAGCGUGGGGUGCUUCUUUUCUUUGUGGAAACAUGGAAGGAGGUUCGAUGACACUCAAUCCGCGAUCGGUCGAUGAGGUGUUUAAGGACUUCAAAGGGCGGCGAUCGGGGAUGCUGAAAGCCCUCACGACCGAUGUCGAAGAGUUUUAUCUGCAGUGUGAUCCAGAAAAGGAGAACUUGUGUUUGUAUGGUUUCCCGGACGAAGCCUGGGAAGUAAAUUUACCAGCGGAGGAGGUUCCACCUGAACUUCCUGAACCUGCACUUGGUAUUAACUUCGCCAGAGAUGGCAUGCAGCGUAAAGACUGGCUUUCUUUGGUUGCUGUGCACAGUGAUGCCUGGCUGCUCGCUGUUGCUUUCUACUACGGAGCUCGGUUUGAUAAGAACGAGAGGAAGCGUCUUUUUAAUAUGGUAAACGAGCUCCCAACUGUAUUUGACGUAGUCACAGGGAAAAAGCCCGUGAAAGACAAGCCUGCUGUUAAUAACAACUCUGGCAACAAAGUCAAGUCUGCUACAAAGCAGCAGGUGACUCAAGCAAAGCCCGCAAAACCUACCCCACCACCUCCCAAGGAAGAAGAGGAUCCUCUUGACGACGAAGACGAGGAGGAGCAUGGUGACACUUUCUGUGGAAGUUGCGGAGGGCCUUAUACCGCUGAUGAGUUCUGGAUUGGAUGCGAUAUUUGCGAGAAAUGGUUUCAUGGCAAGUGUGUGAAAAUCACACCAGCUAGAGCAGAACACAUUAAGCAAUACAAAUGUCCUUCUUGCAGCAACAAAAGGGCCCGUACAUAGCAUAUCUGGCCGUAUUUUCUUUGUAUUGCCAGUCCACAGAAUGCACCAUUGGUCUUGUGUCUGACUGGUGUGCUUGAGAAGCCCUUGUGCAAGCAAUUAGGGGAUUAGCCACAGUGUUGAAGAGAUUUAGUUCAUUGCAUUUGAGAAGGCUGAGGAUCCAUUCUUCUGAUAGCCUAGCGUCAGUGGAGGUACAUACUUGUUCGUUGAUCAUUUAGUUUUUAGGAUACAGAUUACAGGUGCCGUGAGACUUGUUGAGUGAAUUUUUCUGCACAAUUUAAGAGUUCGGCCAUGCGCUACCAUUGCGCUUUUUAAAGUUAC